AUGUUAUUUUUAACAUACAAAUAUAUUAAAUUUGUUUUCUUUAUAUUUAUAUUCAGGAAUUUUAAUUUAACCAUAUCAAUUAACAUAAAAACAAAUAAAACACAUUGUAGGAAUAUAGGAAUAUUAAAUAACAAACUCUUAUUUAUUCGAACGCCUAGAAAUAGGUUUUUGACUGCUGGAUUCCUUAAUCCUUUCGUGUAUAAAACUUCCUUUGAUUUUGAUUCUUUAAAUGACUUGGAAUCUUUGGACCAUUUUGUUAAAACAAAAGCUAAAAAUAAAAAUUUUGGCUAUGAAAAUGAUUUUGUAGAUUAUUAUAGGAUUCUGUCACUAGAUAAAUCAUGUUCACAUGAGGACAUUGAGAAUAAAUAUAACAACAUAAAUGAGUCUUUGAACACACUCCCAAGUGUGGAUCCAAAACUUAGGUCAGAUAUAGAUUUGGCAUAUAAAGUACUUUCUGAUGAAACGAGCAGAAAGGAUUAUGAUAAAUUAUAUGAUGAUUAUAAUUCGAUUAAUAACCAAUACCUAGUCGAUUCACAGUUUGAUUCCGAAGAUUUUGAAGACGAACCAUCUGGAGAAAUUGAAAUUUCUAUCAUAAAUGAUGAUGAUUCACCUGAGUUUUCAUUAGGAUCAGGUAAAAAUUUAUUUGGAAAUUUUUUCACAAAUCUUUUUGGCUUAAAUAAACCUACCGUUAAGAGAACAAAGCAAAGCAAAUUUAGAACAAACUCAAGGCUUGACUUAACAUGUGAAGCCGAUGUUGAUUUAAAGACACUUUUAAUGGGAGGAAAUGUGUCUAUACCAGUACACAAAUGGGAAAAUUGUAAUUUCUGUAAUUAUAAUGACGAUUCAAUGAAUGAAUUCAUAGACCAAUGUAAUGUUUGUAAAGGAGAAGGGAUGGAAACUAAAGAGAAGAGAACUAAGAAUGGGUUCUUUAGAUCAUCAAGAACAUGUACAAAGUGUAGAGGAACAGGAUAUCAAAGAUUGAAGGACUGUAAUAAGUGUGAUAAUACUGGAAGGGUCCUUAAAGAUACUACAAUUAAAAUAAAUGUGCCUUUUAAUUCAAAAUCUGGAUCAACACUAAGGAUUAGGGGAAUGGGACAUUCAGGUGGAUUCCACCUAAGGGAUGGUGACUUAUAUGUGAAAUUGAACCUAAAAAGUACCAAUGAAGAAUAUAUCGAUGGUAAUAGAAUCGUAUCCAUUUGUAAAAUUCCAUACACGAAAGCUAUUCUGGGAGGAAAGAUUAACGUAACAACGUUUAACGGAGAACUUGAGUUAGAAAUCCCAUCAUGUUCGCAGCAAGGAGAUGAGAUCAAAGUGGGAAGAUAUAAUAACAUGAAUCAUUAUGUGAAACUUAAUGUUCAACUGCCAAAAACUUUGACGAAAAAUCAAAAAGAUUUACUGGGCAAAAUUGAUGAAAGUUAA